UCUCCCAUCAAUUCCAUUCAUUGCAAAAACAAACACAAAACAAUGAAGAUCACAACAAUACUAGCAUUUUUCCUUCUCUUUGCCUUGUCCUCACAACCACUACUUGGAUCCGCUAAAGCUUCGCCCGAUCAUGUCCUCGACACAUCGGGGAAGAAGCUUCGAGUGGAUGCCGAUUACUACAUCAUUCCGGCGAAUGGUGGAUUCAUUGACCUAGAAACUAAUGGUGAAUCUUGUCCUCUUCAUGUAGUAGUUGACAAACAUAGUCAAGGUUUACCACUUAGAUUUGCACCUAUUAAAGGUGUCAUUCGUGUCUCAAUUGAUCUCAAUAUUAUGCUUGCUAAUUAUGACUCUAGGUGUCCUCAUCAUUCUAUAGUGUGGAAGAUUGAUCCUUCUUCUAAGGAAGAAACAUUUGUGACUCUUGGUGGUGUAUUGGGCUACCCAAGUUCAAAAACAAUCCAAAGUUGGUUCAAGAUUGAGAAGUACGAGGAUGCUUAUAAGUUGGUUUAUUGUCCCUAUGUGUGUCCUUCUUGCAAACAUGUAUGUAAAGAUAUUGGUAUUUAUGUGUAUAAAGAUAGAGAAAUGCGUUUGGCUCUCACUAAUAUUCCUUUUAAAGUUAAGUUUAAGGAGGUUUGAUCAAUUUAGUUUUUUCAAUGAAAAAAAAAUUAUAAGUGCGUUUUAUAAAGAUUAUUGAGUUUGAUUUU